GGCGGCUGCGGCGGGAGGCGGCGCGGGCGCGCGGAGGAUGGGCCGCCGCUAGGCUCGCUCCGGGGACGCGCGUUGCCGUGCGCGGGGCGGGAGCCGAGCCUGCAGCGUCCGCGGGGGCGGCGCGGCGCGGCGCGGCGGGAGGUAGCCGACCGGCUCCGGGCCUCGCAGCCUCAGCGUCUCUCCACCUCCGGCCCUGAGGGCCUCCGCACGGCUACGCCUGGCCCAGCUGCCCGCGCCACCCCGGGCCCUCGAGGGCGGGAGCGCGGAGAAGCCCCCACUUCUAGAGUUCCAAAGUUUCUGUGGCUGCAGACAAUGGAUGAGCAAUCACAAGGAAUGCAAGGCCCACCUGUUCCCCACUUCCAACCACAGAAGGCCUUACGACCAGAUAUGGGCUAUAAUACAUUAGCCAACUUUCGAAUAGAGAAGAAAAUUGGUCGCGGACAAUUUAGUGAAGUUUACAGAGCAGCCUGUCUCUUGGAUGGAGUAUCGGUAGCUUUAAAAAAAGUGCAGAUAUUUGAUUUAAUGGAUGCCAAAGCACGUGCUGAUUGCAUCAAAGAAAUAGAUCUACUUAAGCAACUCAACCACCCGAAUGUAAUUAAAUAUUAUGCAUCAUUCAUUGAAGAUAAUGAACUCAACAUAGUUUUGGAAUUAGCAGAUGCUGGUGAUCUCUCCAGAAUGAUAAAGCACUUUAAGAAGCAGAAGAGGCUGAUUCCGGAGAGAACGGUCUGGAAGUACUUUGUGCAGCUGUGUAGUGCGCUGGAGCACAUGCACUCCCGGAGAGUCAUGCACAGAGACAUAAAACCAGCCAAUGUGUUCAUCACAGCCACUGGGGUAGUGAAACUGGGAGAUCUGGGGCUCGGUCGGUUUUUCAGCUCCAAAACCACAGCUGCACAUUCUUUAGUGGGUACCCCUUAUUACAUGUCUCCAGAGAGAAUACACGAGAAUGGAUACAACUUCAAGUCUGACAUCUGGUCUCUUGGCUGCCUGCUGUACGAGAUGGCUGCACUACAGAGUCCUUUCUAUGGUGACAAGAUGAAUUUAUACUCGCUGUGUAAGAAAAUAGAGCAGUGCGACUACCCACCUCUUCCUUCAGAUCACUACUCAGAAGAACUCCGACAGUUAGUUAACAUGUGCAUCUACCCAGACCCGGAGAAGCGGCCGGACGUCACCUAUGUGUAUGACGUGGCCAAGAGGAUGCACUCGUGCACCGCCAGCAGCUGAGCGCGUGGCUCGUGAGGAACGUCACCCGGACAGCGUCAAGUAUUUCUGCAAAUCAUACCUCCCCGUGUGUGUCUGCCUGUCAAGAUUCGUGCUUCAGAGCCAGUGGGCUUUGAAUCCUUAACCAGUUUUCAGAUGUUUCAUUUUGUACCAAUCUGUUGCACCUUCUGGGAAACCCCCCCAGAAUGGCUUCCGGAUGAUCAAAUUGCACAGUAGAAAGGUAGGGAAAGGAGAUAGUCUCUCAUGCCUAAAGGGUUUUAAGAAUGACUUGCAUUUUUUUCUGGUGGUAAAUUGUGUGGAGAUAGACCAUCGGUGCCAGAUAGGGAGGGUGCGCCUUGGCCUUCGUCAGAGCGAUUGGAAACCUGAGAAGUGUCUGAACACCGGCCUCCUUCGCUUGCUAGUUGCUUGUGGACACUGAGAUAAACACGGUUGUGAAUGCGUGUGAAUUUUCUUUUAAGUUCGAAGUAUGUGUUUUAGUUCUUAGCAUUUAUCUUUUAAAUAUACUUCUUACGCUAAAUAUAAACAAAGUAUUUGAGAAACAUUCAAAAUUCUUAGCUUACACAUUCAGAGUGCAACUAUUAAAUGUGAAAAGGUGUGGGGGUAAAAUGUGAUUUGGACACUGAAGAGUCUUUUAAUAGCUUUGAUCUUCUCAGCAUUUAAGUGGUACAAAUGAAUCCAUUUAAAAAGUGGUUAAGGAUCCAUUUGGCUGGUGUGAUAGUAAUUUUUAAGUUCCAUAUUGCCUAAGGCCUUUUCUGUGUGUUUUUAUUACUGUUUGUACAUUUGAAAAAUAUUCUUCAAGUAAUCUUGCAGUACUAUAUUUCAAUUUCUCUAUGAGUCUAAAUGCAUUUUAAGUCAUAAUUGUACACAAUAAUGUAAGCAUGUUUUUAUUCAUAGAUUUUAUUGAAAUUCUGAUUUUUCCCCUGAAAAUUUUUUAUAUUCUUCAAAUUACUUUCUUAUUUAUAUUAUGUGUGCAUUUUAGCCAUUUGUGUUUCAGAUUUUUCUGAGAACGUGAUGCCCAUUGAAAUUGAAAAUAGUUUUUAAACUUUUUAAAAUUUUGGCCACCUGGUAUGCAUGUGUUUUGUCUUGUCAGAGAGGAAGUGAGUAUGUGUGUUACAGUGUACCUGUGUAUGUGGAUAAUUGGCAGUGAUUUUAGAACAUGUUUAAGGACAUGGAAACUGGCCAUUACUAUAGCCAGGCUGUAAUGAGAGGAACAUUUUGUGGAAAAGCUUUGAGUGAAGUAGUGUAUUUGUGCCUGAAGACAAUAGAGAGGGGAAUGCUUAAUUUAGUUGAAGGAAAUGGGCUGAGUGUAGUAAGUGCUGGAGACCGGUUUUUCUGAGUGCCUUCAUACCAUAGCCACCAGUCGCUCAGAACUGUGAAACCCGAGGUCAGUGACCGUCACUGAGAAGGUCUCUGUGUGCGUCACCAACCCACCACCACCCGUGGCCCGGCCAUCCUGCCAUCCAGGAGGCCUGGUCUUCAGAGAGCUCAUGUCAGCCGGGAGAGCUACACGUUUUGUUUCUCCACAUAGUUUUGUAUUUUCAUUUGCUCAAAUGUGUGAACUCUAAGCAUAUAUACAUGUCAAAAAGGUAUAAAACCUUUUGUGUUUAAUAGUUUGCCUGGUUCCAUAUGGAUAUCUGAAGGGUAGUUUUAUCUUGGACUAAAUAAGCAAAGGAAACCUUGCCGGUCUCUUUUAUGAAGCUGUUUACCAGACUCUCAUGACUCAGAACCUUCAUACUAAGCACCAGAAGCUUGUACCCAGAAGAAAGAACCAGUAGACUUGUUUGUGUUGACCAUAAUUGUAAUCAUUUUCAUAUAAUUGAGAUGAAAUGUUGACUUUUUCUUUCAGUCUUGAAGCAUACAUGGAUGUAAGCUUUAUUAGCUUAACCCCUCACAGAGCCUUCUGAGUGGAGAUUUAAGCUGUCCUUCUCUUUUCUAUGAAGCUAGCUUCUACAAAGAAAUAGCUAGGGAAAACUUUAAUUGUCAGGGAAAUAUAUGACUAUUUUCCUUGUGCGGAAGCUCUUUGUUUCAGAUACAAUAUCUCCUUUUUAAUCAGAAUGUUCCUGUUUACCUGAAGAAGCUAUGGUAGAAAGCCCAAUUUAAUUUCCAGUGGGAUCAUUUCAAGGAACGAUGGGUGUGAUUAGCAGCUCUAGUCAUUAUAAUUACUGAUUAAAAAUUCUUUUUAUAUUUCUGUUUCUAAGCAGAUGUUACACUAAGCAAAACAUUGGCGUUGAUUUAAGAAGCUGUCGAUGCAAGGUCCAUCCUAUUCCAAACCUUGCUCAGACCAUGGUACCCAGGAUGCCCUGGGGAGGGGCGAGUGACUGCGUGCCGCACGUGGAGGCUGAGGAGUGGUGCGUGUGGUAUGUCCCCGUAUAAACAAAGGGCUCCGAAGUGUGCAAUGAUUAUGAAGUUAGUAGAUAAUACAACCACUCCCCAUGUGCUCUACCGUUCUGCAUAGGAUCUAUCACAAAACACCUUUCUUGUAGCCUUGUACUUCAGGUGUUGCUGUUGACACUUACCAUGAUAUUUAUUUUAACCAAAAUGUUGUUACCACAUUAAAUGUUUAUUCGUUAAAAUGAAUGUAUUGUUUAUAACCCACAAGUGCAUAAUUACUCUGUGCCUCAUAUUUCAAUAGUACUGUAACAUGAACUUCUUUUGUGAAAGACUUUUAUUUUGUUAAUGCUUUAAAUACACAUACAAAAAGAUUCUGUUGUUAGCUUUGAAACUGUACAAUAUCCUAAUAUAAAUUUAUAAAAAUAAAAAACGAGUACUCUAGAAUUUGAGUGUCCAUUU